CUUAACCUUAACUUCCCAAACUUCAUCAGAAUCCGGAGUCUCAGUUGCUGUGCACACUUCUCAAACCUUUACGAACUUGACCGUCAAAACAGAAAAUUCGCUUCCCACUCCCAACAAGGGUACCAAGAUAAAAAAUCCUAUAAAAAGCAAAAAUUCGAAAACACGGAUUUCUCAAUUUACAGCGGAAGAAACAGCCUUAUUAGACGAAUUCAAUCGUUAUUUAGAACCACGUCUUGCAAACGGUGAUACUCAAACAGAAAUUGUCGGCGAGAUUCUUAAAAGGUACGGUUAUUCAUGUAGAAUAUCACAGGCUAAUAUCUCGCUAAUGGCAAGGCGAAUUGCAAUCCCAAAGGAUGAAAAAACAAUUGCAGCCAUUCGAAAUUGGAUUGCAAUCGAAAAGCAAUCUUAA